CUUCUCUUCACCACCUCCUCCCUCUUCACCACCUCACCACUCCCUCCCUCCUCCCCUCCUCAUCUCGCCAUGCCGCCCGUAGCUGACGUCUCCCAGCUCUCGGCAGCGGCCCUCUCCGACCACUCCAUCACCGCCCAUCUCGGCGCGCGCUUCCAUGCCGGCCACCCCGUCUCCUUCAUCUCCUCAAACUCCCUCAUCGCCAUAAACACCUUCUCCUCCUCCGACCCCCGCGAUGUCUCCGAUCUCGCCUCCCGCGUCUACGACCGUCUCCUCCGCAGAUCUGAAAACCAGCUCAUCCUCUUCCUCGGCGAGUCCGGCUCCGGAAAAUCUGAACUCCGCAACCAUCUCUGCGCCCGUCUGCACACCCUCGCUCUAGACUCACUUGCCGCCCGCAUCUCCUCCGCUCUCUUUGUCUUCUCCGCCUUCACCACAACAAAAACGCAAACCACUCCCGUCGCGUCAAAAUCAGGCCUUUUGCUCGAGUAUCAGUACGACCCCGAGGCCGUCCUCAUCGGCGCAAAACUCAUCACAUACCGUCUCGAUCGCGACCGCGUCGGCAGAGUGCCCACCGGCGAGCGCAACUUUCACAUCCUCUACUAUCUCCUUGCCGGCACAACCGCUCCCGAACAGGAGCAUCUCGCCCUCGACCCCGAAGAACGCUACCGCUACCUCGGCCAUCCCACUCAAUUGAAGACCGCUAUCAACGACAAGGAAGGUUUUGCCCACUUCAAGUCGGCCCUCAGACUUCUCGACUUUGACAGACACGAAAUCGCAGAGCUAUGCCAGAUCCUAGCCGCCAUCCUCCACAUCGGUCAGCUCGAGUUUGUUACCGCCCAUGCCGACGUCGAUGCGGACGAAAAUCACGCGACCAUAAAAAACAAAUGGCAGCUUGAUAUCAUUGCCGCUUUCCUCGGUGUCCGUCCCGACGAUCUAGAGGCUUCACUUGUCUACAAGACCCAGGCAUUCAAGCGCGAGCGCGUCACUCUUGUCCUCGACCACAACGCAGCCCGGGCCCAUGCCGAUGAUCUCGCUCGCACCAUCUACGCAAUGACCGAGCAGUGGCUCAUAGAAAUGAUCAACGACCGCGUCGCCCAGGAUGAGUCUCUGAUCGCAAACACAAUCUCCGUCGUCGACUUCCCUGGCUUUGUUCCCCAAGAGUUUGGCUCCGCUCGUGUCUCCGGUCCCGAGGCUCUCAAUCAGCUUCUCUACAACACCGCAAACGAGUCCCUCUACAAUUACAUGGUCUUUGCCUUUUUCCACCGCAUGACUGAGAAGUUUGAGGCCGAGGAACUCGACAUUCCAGGCAUUGAGUACUUUGACAACACCAGUACCGUCGCUCUGCUCACUAAACCCCAUGUCGGUAUCCUACCCUUGCUGGACGACAAUACCCGGCGCGGAAAGCCUACUGCGGCAGUGACUGAAUCCAUGCGCAAGCGUUUCGCAACCAACCCCUCGCUCAGCAUCUCGCCUCAGGGCAAUUCCUUUGUGGUCCGUCACUACGCCGGCGAGGUCAACUACUCGCUCGAAAGCAUCCUUGAAGCCAACCAAGACGAGAUCUCGGGCGAUAUGAUGAACCUCUUCUCAAGCACGUCUUCGGUCUUUUUCCGUGGUCUUUGCCGCACAAAGGCGGUUGUCGCCAUCAAGCACCCGCGUGAGCGCGACACCAUCAUGCAAGGCCAGCUCUCGUCAAAGCCUCUUCGUCAACCGUCUGUCUUGCGCAAAACGCAGACAGAGACGACAGCUCCCAACCAGCCGCAUGCGGAUAGAGAACAAAAGGCUUAUACUGCCAGCGGACAGUUCAAUAACGCCCUCGAUGUCAUGCGACGCUCGUUUGCAACCGUCAAUCCCUACUUUAUCCACUGUAUCAAGCCCAACGACCGUCACGUUACCGGGCAAUUCGAUGUCAAAUGUGUCCGCCAGCAAGUGCAUGCUCUUGGUAUUUCUGACAUUGCGCGACGAGUGCAAGUCACCGAUGUUUCGCUGUUCAUGUCGUUCACCGAAGUCCUCGGACUUUCAGGCUUUGAUGAUGACUCGAAUAUGCUGGCCUCUGACGAAGAAAAGGUCCGGCAGGUGAUGAUGGAGCAUUCUUGGGGUGAUAGAGAUGUCAAGAUCGGAACCACGGGUGUCUUUCUUUCUGAGGUUGCUUGGAGAGAGCUCGUUGACCCUAAUAGUACUUACCAGUACAACAACGGUCUUGCUGGCAAUCCCAACGCACCGACCCGCGGAAACCCAUUUUCUGACUCCACCGAUAAGCUCGGUACUGGAGCCGGCGCCUAUAUAUACUCGGAUCCAGACAAAUCCCGAUCAACAGAUGCGCUUACAGUCGGUACUGGCGUAGGUGCCGGCGGGCAAGGUGAUAUGUUUAAAAAUUUCGAAACUCGCGAGGAGCUUGCCGAGCGUGGAAAAGCCAAUCAUGAGGAAGAGAUUGAAACGAUCAAGACCACUCGUGCUAGACGGCGUUGGAUGGGUCUGGUCAUGUUCCUAACUUGGUGGUUACCCGAUGGAGUCAUUCGCGUGGUUGGCAGAAUGUCUCGAAAGGAUAUCCGAGUCGCCUGGAGAGAAAAAUUGGCUAUUAAUAUGUUGAUUUGGAUUGCCUGUCUUUUGGCUGUCUUCUUUAUUGUUGGAUUUCCCGCCGCUCUGUGUCCCACACAGCAUGUCUUCAGUGAGACCGAGCUUACGGCGUACAACUACGAUGACGAGCCCAGCAAGACAUAUGUUGCAAUUCGCGGCGAAGUUUUUGACCUCUCGAAAUUUGGGCCUGGCCAUUAUCCCCUCAUUGUCUCAAAGUCGGAUGUGUAUGAUUAUGGCGGAUCAGAUGCUACUACGCUGUUCCCCGUCCAGGUAUCUGCUCUUUGCCAAGGAACUUCAGGAUCAAUCGAUCCUGCAGUCACUCUGGACUAUACUGGAAGCAACAGCACCGAUGAGAAUGCGGUCUAUCACGAUUUCCGAUACUAUACCGACGACUACCGACCCGAUUGGUACUUUGAAAUGAUGCAGAAUUUCCGGAAAAACUACAAGAAGGGCGACAUUGGUAUCACGAAAAAGAAAAUGAAAACAUACGUCAAUGAUGACAGUCGUGUGCUUGCCAGUAUCCAUGGGAACAUUUACGAGUUUACCGAUUAUCUCGCUGGUGGUCGUCAAGUCUUGGAGCCCGAUGGAGCGGAGUCGUCUGACGAUGUGGACACCGACUUUAUGGAUUCGUCGGUUGUGAACCUCUUUGAGUCGUACGCUGGCAGUGAUAUCACAAAGAAGUGGUUAGAAUUGGAUCUGGAUUCUGAUAUGCGCCAGCGCAUGGAAGUCUGUCUGCGUAAUCUUUUCUACGUCGGAAAGGUUGAUACUCGAAACUCUGUGAAAUGCCGAUUUUCCGAGUAUUUCUUGCUUGUGAUCUCCUUGUUUAUGGUUGCAAUUAUCUUGGUCAAGUUUGUUUCUGCACUUCAGUUCAGUCGCAAGAAGACUCCCGAAGAUCUAGACAACUUCAUCAUCUGUCAGGUGCCUGCCUAUACCGAAGACGAGACCUCUCUGCGUCGUGCGAUCGAUUCGCUUGCUACGAUGCAGUACGACGAUAAGCGCAAGCUGCUUUUUAUUAUUUGCGACGGUAUGAUUGUCGGUGCGGGUAACGAUCGACCGACUCCGCGUAUCGUGCUUGAUAUCUUGGGUGUCUCGCCAGACAUUGAUCCGGAGCCGCUUUCAUUUGAAUCUCUUGGUGAAGGACUGAAGCAGCACAAUAUGGGUAAGAUUUACUCGGGAUUAUACGAAGUCCAGGGUCAUAUCGUUCCUUUUGUUGUUGUGGUCAAGGUCGGAAAGCCGUCGGAGAUCAGUCGUCCUGGAAACAGAGGAAAGCGAGAUUCGCAGAUGCUGCUGAUGAGAUUCCUGAAUCGAGUUCAUUAUAACUCGCCAAUGAAUCCGCUGGAGCUUGAACUUUAUCACCAGAUUAGAAACGUGAUUGGUGUCAGUCCGACUUAUUAUGAAUAUAUCUUGCAAGUCGAUGCAGAUACGGCUGUUAAUCCUGAUUCGGCCACGCGAAUGGUUUCUGGAUUCCUGGCAAACACAAAGGUUAUUGGAUUAUGUGGAGAGACUGCGCUGGCGAAUUCCAAGCAGUCAAUCAUCACAAUGAUUCAGGUCUACGAGUACUAUAUCUCUCACAACCUCGCCAAAGCUUUCGAGAGUUUGUUUGGUAGUGUCACCUGUCUUCCUGGUUGUUUCUCGAUGUUCCGAAUCCGGACCGCAGAGUCUGGAAAGCCUCUGUUUGUGAGCAACGCGGUUGUCGAGGGAUAUGCCGAGAUUCGGGUUGAUACGCUGCAUAUGAAGAACUUGCUUCAUCUCGGUGAGGAUCGAUACCUGUCAACGCUGCUUCUGCGACAUCACCCGACAUACAAGACAAAGUUCUUGAGUCACGCGGGCUGUAAGACAGUGGCGCCCGACAGCUGGCGAGUUUUGGUUUCUCAGCGACGCCGAUGGAUUAACUCGACGGUGCACAACUUGGUCGAGUUGGCGCCGAUGUCGCAGCUGUGUGGAUUCUGCUGUUUCAGUAUGCGAUUUAUUGUUAUUCUCGAUUUGUUUAGUACGCUGAUUCAGCCGGUUACGGUUGGAUACCUUGUGUAUUUGAUUUACAAGUUGGCGACGGACAAAUCUGCGAUUGCCUGGACGUCGAUUCUGAUGCUGGUUGCGGUGUACGGAUUGCAGGCGCUGAUCUUUUUGCUUCGUCGGAAGUGGGAUAUGAUUGGCUGGAUGAUUUUCUACUUGGCUGCGAUUCCGGUGUUUAGUUUGGCGCUACCAAUCUACUCGUUCUGGCACAUGGAUGAUUUCUCGUGGGGAAACACGCGAGUUGUGCUGGGCGAGAAGGGACAGCAGAUCUUGAUUUCGGACGAGGGUAAAUUCGAUCCAAACUCGAUCCCGCGCAAACGAUGGGAAGAUUUCCAGGCCGAACUGUGGGAUCAGUAUGAGCGACAGACAAUGGCAGGAGACGUGAAGAGCGAGGUGACUUCAUUCCGAGGCGGGCCUGCGUCGUACUACAACCCCACGCCGAGCGAAUAUAAUCUAGAUAACCGGUCGAUGGCGCGGUCGGUCUCGCCAGCUAGCCGGAUGUCGCGACAGGUGAGCGCGAUUCCGCCAGAGUAUGUACCAGGCUCGCCGCGGCCGCAGUCGAAUCGUGGAUCGGUGUAUUUCGCACAGCCGAGCAUGCCGAUGCCGGGCGGCGAGGUCGAGAUGGGAGUUAUCGAUCUGCCGAGCGACGAUAUGCUGUUGACUGAGAUCCGGGAGAUUAUCCGCACGUCAGACUUGAUGACAAUCACAAAGAAGGGCAUCAGACUUGAGCUGGAAAGGCGGUUUGGUGGAGUGUCGCUCUUGUCAAAGAGAGAUUAUAUCAACUCUGCGACGGAUGCGAUUUUGGUGGGUGAGCUAUAAAUAUAGAUGGGAAUUUAUGAACAGAUACCAUGUUGCGGAGUUUAAUUCCAUAUUGUUGUCAUUUAUAUACAUUUAUCAUUUUUUUUGGUUAUGAUUUGGCAUGUUAUGAAAGUAAAUAGUAUUCUGUGAAUAUAAUCGAACGAAUAUGAUCUCAGCUGCAGAGUAGAAUUCAGAGAUUAUUGAAGAGGACGCCGCACGUCGUCAUUUAGG